AUGGCGUUUGCUGACCAGUUGCUAUGGAAACAAAAUCAACAAAUGGAUUUAUAUCGACAAAUCAACAACUACUUUGACACUGUUAAAUACUCCGAAUGGAGUAUCCUAGGUUGCUUGCAUUCGAUACAGAACCCUAUGUUCACGUCUGACAGCGCGGAUGAAAUCGCGACCAUUAUAAAAAAUAGAAUUGGAACACGUCGUAUAUCAAAUUCAUUAUUAGCGAGUGCAAGAAGUAAACUAGAAUGUCUCGAGUCCAAAUUUGAGUCCACUUGCGCAAAUUCCGAAGAAAUGUAUACAACACGGGCGAUGACAAAUAUUGUCAAAGAUAAAACUGUAUUAAGCGAUGCUCAUACUCAAUACUUAGCCAACUCGUAUGCUGGAAAUAGCAAAAAACGACAACAGCCUGAAAAUACACAUUACGACAAGACAGAUCCAAAUGAUGAGGUGGAUUUUGAUGACAACAAAGUAUUCAGUAUGGAUUCAAACAUCGUAUUAACAGAUAGCGAUGCCGACGAUCAUAAGGUAUAUGGCAAUACUUAA